AUGUCAGAAGUAAAAAAAACUGAUACCAAGUCAGAUGCUCCCAAAAGACCUAGAAAACCAGAAGGUCUCCGUUUGAAGGAAAAGAUUAGACGAAGGAAGAUAAUUACCGUAGCUCGUAAAAAGGUAGUACGACGACAAACAUAUAUGAAGUUGAAGUCGCUCAUGAAGAAACGAGCAGAAAAGUAUAUGCAUGAAUACCGCAGAAUGGCGAAGAGGGAAAUCACAUUGCAACGUAAAGCUAAAAAGGCGGGAGAUUUCUACGUUCCGGAUGAGCCAAAACUCGCAUUUGUCGUGCGAAUCCGGGGUAUUAAUGGUGUUCAUCCACGACCAAGAAAAACUAUGCAACUGUUUCGCCUUCGACAAAUAAAUAAUGGCAUGUUUGUGCGAUUAAAUAAGGCAACUCUUAACAUGCUUCGAAUAAUUGAUCCUUACGUCGCAUGGGGUUAUCCUAGUCUUAAAAUUAUUCGGCAGCUGAUUUAUAAACGUGGAUUUUGUAAGUACCAUGGUACACGAUUGCCUUUAACAAACGAGCUAAUCCAACACAAACUUGGACAUCUUGGUUUAAUAUGUGUUGAGGACCUCGUACAUGAAAUAUAUACAGUUGGACCAAACUUUAAACAUGCUGUCGCCUUUUUAUGGACUUUCAAGUUGAAUAAUCCUAGUGGCGGUUUUCGAAAGAAAGGAAAGCACUUUGUUGAAGGUGGUGAUUUCGGCAAUCGAGAAACCUAUAUAAAUCGAUUGCUUAAAGCUAUGAUUUAA